UCAACACGUGAAACCGGUCAACCUUCAGCAGCGAGGAUGUCGACCACUCUGAAACACCGACUGUUUGUCAGCGAGCCGAUGGGAAACAAGUCGGUGAGGUGUCUGCCGGGCAUCGGAGAGAGUCGGGCGUCGAAGCUGGAGCAGCAGGGCUUCAACAGGGCCGACGCAGUUCUGGGUCAGUUCCUGAGGCUAAAUAGAGACCGUGGGGGGUUCACCAAUUGGCUGAAGGAUGCCAGCGGCGCGAACUCCCGUGAGGCCGGAUUGUGCUAUGACUGUCUGGGGGAGUGGUGUGACAACAACCUCUGAGACUCCGCCUCCUCACCAGAGACCCCGCCUCUUCAC